CAAGAAAUGGAGGAGGGGUAUGCGUAAAAGAGAAGGAAGAGGAGCCGACGCGGUUUUUGGGAGAGGUUUUACUAACGGACGGUUUAUGGUUCUGGUUCAUGCCAGCCAGCCAACCAACCCUCUCUCACAAAACUUCAAAAGCGAAACGGUUGUUGCGAAUGGAUUCCAAAACCAAAAACCCCCCUUCUCUCUCCUCUCUUCCCUCUUUCCUCUUCGCCGCCCCCCUUCUUUGAAGUACGGCCAUCACUAAACCGCAAACAAACAAACAAACAAACAAACCAACGGACUGAAGCCUUUCUUCCCAGUCCCCAAAUCCCCUCUCACACUACUACUAUUUUUAUCAAUAAAAGAGAGAGAACAACAGAAUAGAAUACCAACCAAGAACAGAGAGUGAGUCUAUCCAGGAAAAAGAAAAGGAUAGAUAGGAGAAGAGAAGAAGAAGAGAGAAGGGGAGGGGAUGGUGGUGAUGGACGGUGGGGGAGUGGGGAGAGUGGAUGGGGAUCCGCGGAUCAAAGGGUCGUGGAGCCCAGAGGAGGAUGCCCUGCUAAUGCGGCUGGUGGAGCGUCACGGUCCCCGGAAUUGGACUCUGAUUAGCUCGGGGAUUCCCGGGCGGUCCGGCAAGUCAUGCCGACUCCGUUGGUGUAACCAGCUCAGCCCCGCCGUCCACCACCGCCCGUUCACUCCCUCCGAGGACGCCGCCAUCGUCGCCGCCCACGCCAAGUACGGCAACAAGUGGGCCACCAUCGCCCGCCUCCUCCCCGGCCGCACCGACAACGCUAUCAAGAACCACUGGAACUCCACCCUCCGUCGCCGUCGCCGCGCCGCCGAGGCCGCCGCAUCCCCCGCCGUCCCCCUUCCUGUUCCACUGCCCCAUGCCGCGGACUCCACCGACCCCGAGGAGUCCGACUCGGAGUCGGCCACGAAGCGGCCGUGCAGGAGGGAUGAAGUCAGCGGGAGCGAGGUGGCGACCGUGGUGGCGGCGCUGCCUGCUCCUCCUCCUCCUCCUCCGCCACCGCCGCCGCCGCCGCCGAUGGCGCGGAUCCCGGCGGAUCCGGUGACGUCGCUGACGCUGUGCCCGCCGGGUGAGGGCGCUGGCGGUGGCGACGGACGGGAGCGGAGGGAGGGACGGUGGGAUGCCGAGAUGAGGGAGAUGUGCUUCGUGUCGAUAAUGCGGGAGAUGAUCGCGGAGGAGGUGAGGAGUUACAUCAACAGACUGCUAUCGGAGGGCGGCGGCGCCACCCGCAUCAUCGUCAAGUCCGACUCCGCAUCCAACCGUCAGGAUUAGAUCUCCUCCCUCCACCACUUUCCUCUCUCUUUAAAAAUAAUAGUACGUUUCGAGUGUAAAUAAAAUAGAACGAAGCGUUUCGCUUCCCCUCUUAAAAUUUAUAAAUCAGAGCGAGCCCAGAAAGCGGGCAGCAAAUGUUAUUAGAAAUGCUAAAAGGACUUGUUUUUUUUUCUAUGACGAUGUAGAAUAUCUUUGUUUUUGCUAUUUAUCUGUGCCUCUCGGGUAAGCUUCCUUCCUACUUUGUUAGGAUUCCAUGUUGACACUACCUUGAUCCCCACAAGGGUUUGGGGAAUUAGUUAAUACUGUUAGGAUUUCAAGUUCUUACUGAAUCAUUUAUUUAAUUUUGUUUCUUUUAAUAUGAAAUUAUCCAGAGGUGAUGAUUAUAGUAUGCCUUGUCA